GAAGAGCAGGAAGGGGUUACAUACAGCGUGUAUUUACGUAGUACAAGCACACAACAGGCUCCUGUGAAAGUAUUAACACUGCGUGCUGGAACUCUUCCAAGACUUGUCCGCCAUCUUCUCGAAGCCCGAAUUCUGGGGGACACCUCCUACAUCCCGGUUUUCCUGGCCACUUAUCGCACUUUCAGUAGCACCAGUGAGGUGUUGACGUUACUGCUGGACAGAUUACAGAACAAUAAUCACUUACAGAGCAACGACCAAUCACAUAAAGGGAAAGAUGAUGACCUCAGCAGUCUCUUCUGUGCCUGGAUGUCUCAGCACCCCGAAGACUUUCUGUCUCUUCAGCCGGAGAAGAGGGAUCAGCUGGCUGUGUGCCUUUGCAGACUACGGAAGGCGAAUUUGGUAGCAAAACUACAGGAGCUCAGAGCCGCUGACAGGGACGGUGCAGAUCAGUCCCCAACGGCAGGGGACGGGACAGAAAACUCAGACCCUCUGGAUGUCCUGACAUUUCAAGCUGGAUAUGUGGCCGAGCAACUCACCUGCCUAGAAGCUGCUCUGUUCUUAAGAGUGGUCCCAUACGAGUGCCUGGGGUCAGUUUGGUCCCGAAGAGACAAGGGAGGGGACCAUUUCGAUCGAUGC